AUACACGGUGUUGUGUAUUGGUGUAGUGCAAAGGAGUAUGCUUCGUAGUUGUAAAUUAAACUACAGAUACAGAUUAUAAUCUAAAAUCAGUUUAUACUAUUAAUUAUUCGGUUUCUUGAAAAAUAUAUAUCCAAAUAUAUUCAUGUCUAUUCAAGGAUUUGAUGUUUGUAAUUCAUACGACUUGCGUUGUGAAAUGAGUGUAAUAAACGUAAAGGGAUUGGGAGCAACAUUAUAAGAAUUCUUUUACAUUUCAAUACCUUGCAUUAAACAUUAUGGCCAGUCAUUUUUUUGUCGGUACUUGGGAGAUUGUGGAGUGCAAACCAGCUUUUUCAGUCCCUGGGACACAUGUUGAUAAAUUAUUACUAGAAGGUACUGUUAUGAAAUUGGAUGAAAGUGGAGACGUAACCUGGACCAUAAAACAGAAUGCUGAGGAUCUGCCUCUCUUUGCCAGUGAUACCUAUGACAUUUCCUACGACCAAACAAACGACCUAAUUGUUCACUUUGGAGCUUGUGGUGGACACGUCAUCGAAUUCCAGGUAAUUCAGAUGAAUUCAAAUUUCAUACGGAUGUCGGAAAUCGAUGGCUGGUGCACGCUUGUAUGCAAAUGUGUCAAUGCUGCUGAUGUCAAUAAGAUUUCGGAAACUCCUUUUACUCUCCUCCCCGCCUUAGAAGAUGGUUAUUUCUCUGAUCUCACAAUUACAGCCAGCAACAGCAAAAAGUUCGACGUGCACACGUGCAUUGUUGGACUGUUGACGCCGGACGUGGACUGGAGCCAGACGCCGCCGCCCCUGUCCGGCCUGCCUGAGGAGGUGCUGGGCACCAUUCUGCACUACCUGUACGCAGAGUGUCUGCCCGCAGGCCUCACUGAGGCCACGGCCCGCCACUGCAUCUCCGCCGUCAACGCAUAUCCCUCGUUCGCACCCUUCGUUGCGCUCUGCCAGCAUUAUCUGCGCAACUACACUCUGAAGCAACAGGUGAUGAACCUGGUGAACGACAUGCACAAUUGUGCCUCUCAAAUAAUCCAGCACUUUAGCGUUAAGCACUCGCCUGCAACCAGUGAGAGUCUCAUCAACAAUCCAGCUAAGCUGUGCUUUGUCGUUCGCCAGUCAAUACAGGAAGCUGCUGUUGCUGGUGUUAAGCUGCUAGUACUCUGUGAUCUAUUCAGCAAACGUAAAUCGGAAUUGACGAGCGAGCAGCGUCAUGAGAUCAUAAGAUACGCCAAGUCGCGGCUUCCCGUCUUCAUGGGUCAACUGCGCAGGUUUCUCGUUGGCAUCAAGGCCACAUUCAGCUCUCUCUCUCCCACACAGAGUCAGGAAAUUGCCACUUAUCUAGUUCCAGAGAUCGAAAAAAUAUUUGAGAUUAUAUCGAAUCUUGGAAUGGAGUUGAAAUCGGCUCUCGAACAAAUAGCUUCAGUUAUUUUCAAAGAAGGGCAUGCCACAACCAAACGGAGGCUCAUCAUGUCCUUGAAAGAGGUGAACAUAGAACGCUUCAACGAAAUGACAAACGUUAACAAAGUUCGCAUUGUUUCGCGAAGCUUGGAACAACUGAUUGAAGAAAUUCCAAUAUUUAUAGUUCGUCUCGAAGAAAUUACAGCCGCUCUAGAUGACAAACUGGGUUGGCGUGACUUCAAGUUCUGCUUCAAAGUUGGAUCGUCGAAAGUUCACGACUUUGUGAAGCGACUGGUGACGCACAAGAGCACACUGCAUUCUAUUGUAAUCCAACUGUGCGACUUGGUGUCGCGCGACUCGUUCUCACAGUCGCUGGUGUCGCUCGGCCUACUCGACCGAGUGCCCUGCUCCCCCGCUGCCCCCCCACCACCACCCUCGGCACCCUCCUCGCCCGCCCCCGACUCCCCCAGCGCCGCACACGCCACGCCCAAGCACAAUCAACCAAAGUUGAGUCUAGUCGAGAGCCUUUGUGAGCCACGUCUGUCAAGCAGCAGCCGUCUGUCAAAAGCCGCUCUAGAAUUACUUAGAUCUGGUGUUGGAACAGACAUGGUUUUUGAGAUACGACCAUCCCACGAUGCUCAAGACAGUGCAGUGAGCUCCCCGAGCACAGAGCAAGCUUCGGCGGCUGCUGCAGCAGCAUCUAGUCCCCCUCCAGCUGAGGAAGUGUUGUUCUCUCUGAAAGCGCACCGCUUGAUUGUAGCUGCAAGGUGUGACUGGUUCCGCAGAGCUUUGCUGUCUGGCAUGCGGGAAGCCAUUGACAGGAAAAUCGUGAUCAUCGACACAAGCCCGAAGCUGUUCACCAUACUGGUGGAGUACCUCUACAGCGGCCUGCUGGAGUCGCCGGCCGGAGUGAGCACCAAUCACGGCCUGCUAGAGUCGCCGACCGCACCAAGCACUGAUCACGGCCUGCUAGAGUCGCCGACCGGAGUGAACACUGAUCACGGACUGCUGGAAUCGCCGACCGGAUUGAGUGCCGAUCAGCUGGCAGACCUGCUCUAUGCGGCCGACCGCUAUCAGGUCGACUCGCUCAAGACCGCCUGUGAACAGGGCCUCACCUUACUCAUCGACAAUGAAACUGUGUUAGACUUCCUCAGCUUGGGAGACCAGUUCAAUGCCAAAUUACUCAAGAGUUCUUGCUUGAACUUUAUCUCAUCGCAUCCCGAUAUCAUGGAUUCCGAAUUAUUUGAAGAGCUUCCUCAAAAUCUACAGACUGAAAUCUAUGACCUCAUGAUAUGGGGUAACAGAAGAAAGAGUGAGAAGAUGAACAACGCCCAACAUAGUGGCGCGGGUCUGUCGCAGCUAGCCAACGACUUUUCGGCCAACCUGAAGGUGUCUCACUCGCAUUCACAGGAGAUGCCCGCCAACCAAAGGAUGUCUCACUCGCACUCACAGGAAAUGCCUCAGGACUCGGCGCGGCUCGAAGCCUGUCUCACCGAGCUGUCAGGUGUCAUCGGCAACUUGGCUACUCGCACCGAACUUGUACAGCUGGCGUUGGCAGCAGAUUAUGAUCUGAACAGAGCUCUUAAUUUCUUUUUCUCUUCCUGAUUACACUACUGCACGUUAUGCUGUUCCAUAAGGAUGAAAAGCCAAGGUAAUCACUAUUAUCAUUAU